AUGGCCUCCGUCUCGUCGCUGGACCAGGACAUGCGCAACCUGCGCCUCGCCCGCUACACUCCCCAAGCGGCGCAGGAAGUGCGCGCAUGGAUGGAAGACACCUUGGGCGAACAACUCCCCGCCGGCGACCUCCUCGAAGCGCUCAAAGACGGCGUAGCGCUCUGCAAGCUUGUCAAUCUGGCCCUUCCCCCACCGGGUGUCAAGUUCAAGAGCAGCGGCAUGCCCUUCAUCCAAAUGGAGAACAUCAGCCACUUCCUAAGGGCAUGCGAGAUGCCGCCUGUCAAUCUUCCAGCACACGACCGCUUCCUGACUGUCGAUCUCUUCGAAGCCAAAGACCCGGCGCAGGUGCUUCAAUGUCUUGGCGCAUUCAGCAGAAAAGCACAUGCCCUCAACCCCUCCCGCUUCCGCACCGCUAUUGGCCCCAGAAAGAUCGGCGCGGUCGACUCCCCUUACCAGACCAGCACCAACGGCUCCACAUGGCGCGGCAAUCGCCCUGUAAGCCCAACGAAAUUGACACCCUCGCUCACCGGCGGCUCUACCGGCUCCCAAUCCAACGCCGCGGGUAGCGGGAUGAUGAAGUCUUCUUCCGGCCCAGUCAGUAGCUGGAGCAAGCGGCAAGACGAAGGCGCCACCAUGCCAGCCUGGAACAUCCACCAAUACGGCUACAUGGGCGGAGCGUCGCAGGGCAAUCAAGGGAUUAGCUUCGGCGCGCGGAGACAGAUUACGAGUCAGGCUCCGCAUGUGCCUAGCUUGGUGGAGAAGGAGAAGAAGCGGAAGGAGGAUGAGGAGAGACUGAGGGUGCAGGCGGAGGAGGCGGAGUACAAGAGGCGGGUGGAGAGGGAGGCGGAAGAGGCGGAUGAGGAGAGAAGGUGGGAGGACGAGACGAGACGGUUGAGGGAAGAGGAGAGGCGGAAAGUGGAGGAGCAGAAGAGGGUAUGGGAGGAGCAGGAGCGGAGGUGGAAGGUUGAGGAGGAAGCGAGGCGGAAGGAAGAGGUGGAGAUGCAGGCGAAGCUUUUACCCAAGCAACCCCCUCAGAAGCCCAGGGUGAGCAGUAAUGGCAUCCUGAGAGGACAGAGUCUGGCGGAGUAUCAGCGGGAGUCGGCUGCGGCAGCCUCACGAGGCACGGAUGGCUCGGCGGAUGAACUGACGCCGGAGCAAGCCAGGGUGAAGGAGCUGGAGAGGCAGCUCGAGGAGGCGCGGGAGCGGGAACGGCAGUACCAGGCUGAGCGGGAAGAGCGGUUGAGGCGGGGCGAGGAGAGGUCGUCGAGACCGACCCCCACCUCUUCACCCCUAGGCAGCACAAACCGUCCCCUCCCGACCCCGGAAAAGGAGUUCCACGCCUACAGCCCAACCACCACCCGCAGCACCAACCGCACCUCCGCCUUCCUAGCUACCAACCCGGCCCCCGCCGAAAUCCGACCCCGCGUCUCAAGCAGCCAAGAAGCAGGCGACACCUCCCUCGAACAAUCCCGCGACCGGGACCGGCGUCUCGCCUCCCAAACGCAGACGAAAGCGGGUGGCUGGGCGAGCAAGAGUUUGCUGGAGCGGGAGAUGGAGCGGGAGCGGGAACGGCAGAGGGAGUGGGAGGUCAAUCAGCAGGAACUCAAGGGCAAGGAUCAGAAGAGGGAUCCGCAUGCCGGGGUGGGCGCGGGUCAGAGCUGGGAUGUGAAUCAGUAUGGGUAUACGGGUGGGGAUAAUGCGAAUAGGGGGAGUAGUGCGGGGAGUGGGAUUAAUUUUGGGGGGAGGAGGCAGAUUAUUGGGCCUAGGCCUUUGAAGUAA